CUCUACUACUAUCUACUCCCAAACCCACAACACCCGCUCGAUCCAAUUCCCCUCCGCACCGACCUCCGAAUCCCAUCGCGACCUGGAUCCAACAUGGCCGAACCCGCCCCUCCAACACCGUCCGCAGCCGCAGCUCGAGCCGGAACUCCCAGCGCAACCCCCAACACCACCACCAACGGCUCCAAUUCCCUAACAAUCAGCACCACAAACAAUAACAGCAGCAACAGCAACGGCACCACCACCCUCCCCAACCCCCCGACAGCCGAAUCCGCCGCAAGUCGCGGCCUCCCCUACUACGAGAAACUCCGUCGCGAGCUCCGCGACACCCUACAAAAGAAGCGUCUUAUGGAUAAGAGCAUGGCCCAACUCGAGGACCAAAUCUUUCGCUUCGAACAAUCAUACCUCGAAGAAACCACCGCCGGAAACAUCAUCAAGGGCUUCGACAACUACAUCAAGGGGUCGUCGAGCGGCGCGGGGCUCGGGGCUGGGGGCCUGGCGCUGUCAACGGGCGUGGGUGGCGGGGCCACGAGACGGAAGGCCCCUGUGACGGAUGUGGAUCGGGUGUUUUCGAGGAGUUCGGCAAGUUUUAUGAGGGAUUCCCCCGCCCCCUCAUCCGCACAAACAACACCCUCACACGCCGCGACCCCAAACUCAACAUAUAACGGAUCAACAGGAAAGCCCGGAAACGGGGAGGCGUCGUCAGCAGCAAAUAGCGUGAAGGGCCAGCCGUCCAAGAACAAGAAGAAAGCGAGUGUCAGCGGCGGGAGUAACAAAGAUAAAGGCGGAGAUGAUGAUGGGACGGAUGGGGAUAAGCCGCCGACGAAGCGACUGAAGAUUACUUACGGGCGAGAUUGAGAUUAGGCUUGAGAGCUUGAUUGCGGGUUGGAGUUGGAGUUGAUGGGUUCGUCUUUUUUAUUUUUUUUUCUGGUUGUUGGUUGUUGGUUUUGGGUUUGCGCGCUGGGUUUGUUGGCUGGCUGGCUGGCUUGGGCGUAUAAAGUUUCUGAUGUGAUGUUUUGAGGGCUGGCUGCUUUGGCUUUGGCUCUGGCUCGGUUCGGUUCUCCAUAUGAUCAUAUGGUUGGUUGUGAUAUCCUCUGUACUACUAGAUUGCAUCGCGCAUGGGGUUGCUAGAUUAUACAUCUC